AUGUCUAACGACAAAGUAGAAUGCGAAAAGAGACGAACCGUUCUCGAAGCUUUAGGCUACGAAGUUGGAGGAACACUUGGACACGGUUCUUAUUCAGUGGUGAAAAUGGCACACUCGCAAAGAUAUUUGCAGGUAGCUAUGAAAAUUAUCUCAAAACGGAAAGCCCCCAAAGAUUUUCUGGAGAAGUUUCUGCCAAGAGAAAUAUAUGUAAUUAGGUUUAUUCGGCAUGAAAACAUUGUUACUUUUUUCGAAACAAUUGAAACUGUUAAUAGAUAUUAUAUUGUCAUGGAAUUAGCCGUUGAAGAUCUAUUGGAAAGAAUACAAAAAGAAAAUGUCAUUGAAGAGAAUAAAGCGUGCAAAUGGUUCCAUAAUUUGGUAGAUGGCGUUGCGCAUUGCCACGAAAGAGGAAUAGUUCACCGUGAUCUGAAGUGUGAAAAUCUUCUUCUGGACAGCAAUGAUGUACUCAAAAUUACAGAUUUUGGCUUUGCCAAGUUCAUGGAUGAAGUUAUACCUACUGACGAAAACGACAGUUCAACCUCUCUGAGCCAUACAUUCUGUGGAAGUUACGCGUAUGCUCCUCCUGAAAUACUGACAGGAAUUCCUUAUUUGCCUCACUUAUCAGACAUCUGGAGCAUGGGGGUAAUCCUCUUUGCAAUGGUCUAUGGUCAACUCCCUUUCAAUGAUUCGAAUCACCAAAUGUUAAUUCAGCAAGUACAAACGCCUGUGGUAUUUCCUUCAAACACUGUAUCCACGGAGGUGAAAAAUAUCAUCAACAAAAUGUUAGUUCCAGCCAAUAAUCGAAUUUACAUAGAGGACAUUCGAAGUGAUUCAUGGUAUAACCAUAUUUGA